UGUUGUAUCAGUAAACUAAUUGAACUUGACAUUACAACUAAUGGUAUGGGACGCGGUAUGAUUGAUAAGCUCAUAAUCGAAGCAGGUGGCUCUUAAAGAAACCUACACAGCAGGUGGUACAUAGGUCUUUUGAAUAAUGUGUUUUCAGUUCUGGACGCGUCCUGCAACGUUAUUGACUUAUUGCUGCGACUAAAAUUUUCGAGUGUAACACAGUGUUGUUGUAAUACUUUGCAUAUCUCCACUUUGUUAAUUUAACCGCCUGUUAUAAUUUGUAAGCUGAUAAGAACAUUGGACUUGGGCUAAUUGAAUUUAAAUGUUGCACAAAAUUUAGCCAAAAUUAUUAGCAAAACAAUUUGGCUAUGUUCAGUCAUGUGUCGGCUGGCGAGCGUAUAAAAGUCAUAAGUGUGCCUAACUAAACGGAAAUUCAAUAUGGAUAUUUUGGAAUCAGUAUCCAUUCUACAGAUAAUUUAUCAAAUUGGAAGUCUUUCGCCGUGGCUGGUGGAUCGCAGUACCUGGAGUCUAAAACGUUGCCGAUUACUGGAGGUCUAUACUUGUCUGGUGAUAUUGGUAUCCACUGCUCUACUGCUCUAUGGCUUAUUUGCCGAUGAUGUUUUGAUUAAGGUCAAUGCCCAUGAAAUUGGAGAAACUGUCGACUUAAUACAGCUGGUGGGGAUCAGAGUCUCCCAUAUUGUGUCCAUUACAGAAGCUUUAGUUCGCAAACAGGAACAGAAGAGAUUCUAUGAUCAACUAAAGGAAAUUGAUGGAAUCUUUGAAAAACGCUUAAAUGUGAAUGUAAAUAAUGGAAAAUUCCGUCGACUAACCAUCACUAGAGGGGUACUAAUGCUAUGCGUUUACAUAGUUUCCGAAGGUUUUAUUUUGACCACCCACAUGAUAUCCACGGAAAAAGAGAGUUUCUAUACCUAUUGGAUAUUCUACAUGAUGCCUUUGCUUAUCUGUGGCCUGAGAUACUUUCAAAUGUUCACUGCCGUACAAAUGAUCAAAAGGAGAUUUGACAAAUUAAUCUUGGUAUUGAAUGAGAUAAACCUGAUAAAACCAGAUGUAACCCCCGUAGAUACAGUGAAAAAUGACAUCUUUUACAAAACCAUGGAACCUGUCAAGUCUGUAGCCCAUUCGACUUUCACUUUGCUGGAAUUAUCAUUGCAGAAGCAGAAUAAACGACACAAUGUGGAAAAUCCCGAUAUGAAACGUUUGCUCAUUAUCCGAGAUCUCUACAAUCGUUUGUAUCUUAUGACUGGAAUUUUGAAUAGAUUCUUUGGCAUUUCAAUGUUGGUUAACCUGGGAAAUGAUUUCAUAUCGAUCACCUCCAAUUGCUAUUGGAUAUUUAUAAAUUUUAAAAAUUUUGCUGCGACCACACAGGAUUUUCUACAAAUAGCUGGCAGUGCUGUGUGGUCGGUGCCACACUUGUUGAAUGUCUUGAUUUUGGCCAUUUUAUGUGAAAGGACGGUGCAGAGUACUACCAGUAUUGCUUUGGGUCUACAUCGCAUCAACAUUGAUACAAUGAAUGAUAACCAUAAUUCAGUGAUUCAACAGUUUUCUCUGCAAUUAUUACAUCAAAAAAUGGCAAUAACAGCUGCUGGCUUUUUUAAUAUUGAUUGUUCCCUGCUUUAUACAAUUGUUGGAUCCACUACUACAUAUCUGAUUAUUCUUAUUCAGUUCCAUUUAAGUGAGACGGAGUCUUAAAAUUUUGCAAAAAUAUUCUGGAGAAAGCAUUGAGGAUGUGUAUGUUUGCUUUUAAAAAUUCAUAUAAAAAACACCCAUAUAACAUGUAUUACAGGAUUUAACAAAAAUAGAACUAUGCUGUGUGUUGUACAACAAAUGUAAACAUUUUAAUAUGAUGCUAAAAAUCUUAAGCUCAAAACUGUUUUACCUAAAACAAAUAAAAAUCCCUUCGAUUUCUAAGAUAAUUAA